CAUAUGUCUUUAUAUUAUUCAUGCUAACCAAACUUUGAAUAGUUACUUGUUAAAUUUCAUAGAAAAAACAAGCAAGAAAACUUUGAAUAAGGCAACAAGGGAAAAGCAAGAUUCCUAUCAUCAUCAACCACUAUUUUAUUUGUUAUUUAUAUUAGUGUGUUGAAGUCAUAGGUACCCUUAAGUAAUAUUAUUCCUUUUACUCAACUCUCUAUGACUUAUCUCCCUAAUGGCAAACAUCAUCUCUCCAAGGUUGUAUGCUUGCUACAAUUGUCACAACCAUGUUGCACUACAUGAUGAUAUUGUCUCUAAAACUUUUCAGGCAAAACAUGGGAGAGCCUAUUUGUUCUCGCACGUGAUGAACUUGGUAGCGGGUAUCAAAGAGGACCGACACUUGAUGACCGGAUUACAUAGUGUGGCAGACGUUCAUUGCUCAGAUUGUGGGGAGAUAUUAGGAUGGAAGUAUGAGAAAGCAUACGAGGAAUCCCAAAAGUAUAAAGAAGGCAAAACUGUCUUAGAAAAGUUUAAGAUUGUGAAAGACAAUUGGUAACUACUACUCAAUAUUCUUAUUGCUUGUGAAACAAGUACUAUAUUUUUCUUAAUUAUCAUUUAUGGAUAUUUCAUUGUCUAUAGUGAUGUUGAGAUAGCUAAAGUUCAUGAUAGGUUGGUGCUUUAGCUUGUUGAACUAUGUUUGUAAAUUAUUAUUAAGAUAAUAUGGUAUAAAACAUCUUUGUUUGUGUUGA